AUGGCGUCACACGGGAGAAAAAGGAAAAACUACGAUGACCGUGGGGACCGGAAUGAUGUGUACGAUAUGAGUGAUAACUAUGACAAGUAUGAUAGGUAUGACAGGAGUGAUAGGCAUGACAGGAGUGAUCGACACGAUCGAAGUGACAGAGCCAACCGGCAGGACAAGGAAAUAAUUUACGACCAGAUAUAUUCAACGCCCAGGAAGAACAAGCCAAGGUGCAUGGUUGUGUCAAACUAUAAGGACAAUUUAUUGAGUUACUUCCAGAGCAUUAUAAAUAUAGAAAAUAGUGGAGCAUAUUUCAGUCAAAAAUGGUACAUACAUUUUUAUCGAGUCUGUUUAUAUAAUGAGAAGUUGUAUGCAGGUGGCUCCGCUCAGACAGCCGACGGGGAAGGAGCAGCAGGAAGUAGUGGAAAGAAAGAUGGAAAUGUGAGUAAAAAAAAUAUAGACAAAUUGAUCAUUGAAUACAAUGUGGAGGAAGUCAUUCGGAAGGUGCAAAAUUUAGUAGUCAGAAAAUUAGAUUGUGAAAAUUUGUACUACCAGAAAAUUCUGGUAAUUGCAUGCCUUCUUUUUGACUUUUUCCAAAAUAAGAAGCACGUGAACGUAAAAACGCUGAAACAUUUGGAAGGCGAGGAGGAAGAGGACGAGGGGGGGGAUGCGACCAUCAACAGGGAAGGGGGUGAUCAAUUAGCUAAUGAACGUUCUCAAGGGGAUCACACAAAUGGGAAAAAGAUAUCCCGUAUGAAGGAGUCAAAGAAGAGGUCGAGAACCACAUCCAUAGCUGCGAACUCUUCCAACUACGGAGAUGAUGAUUAUGAUGAAAUAACAAGCAAUCGGAGGGGGAGUAGUAAGUAUGAUGCAGAAGGAGAAACGGAAGUAGACUUGAGGAAAAAAAAACACUUGAGACAAAAAAAUUUCGAAAAUGAAAGUCAAAAAAAUUACUAUAUCAUAGAAUUUAAAAACUUACUUUUUAAUGAAAAGAAAAAAUUUAACAACAUAGAAAUAUUUUAUCACAUUACAAAUUUAAUCAUACAUAAGUAUUGGUACUCAUCUGAAUUUGCGAGGUAUAACAUUUUUGUUUGGUUUUUAAAUUAUCUAAAUAAUAAAUUGGAAAUAAAAAAAAGUAUUAACAAAAUAAAUGAACAGCUGGAAAUGUUCAUAAAUCUUCAUCCAAAGAUUUUUAAUAUUUCCCAUGCGAAGAAAAGGAGGAAGAAAAACACGCACCAUAUCAGUGCCAGCAAUAGCAGUUAUCAUUUGCCUGACCCAGGAGCGGGUGCCUCCUCUUCCAAUCAUAAUAAUAGCGGUCAUCAUCAUUUUGAAAAUGGCGUGUUGGAUUAUCCGAACCUUAAAAAUAGGAAUAGACAACUAGGGGGAGGAUUCCCCGACGCAACUAAUAUGGACAACAAGAACAAACCUUCGAAUGUUGAAAAUAUUAACAAGGUUAACACUUUCAGUCAUUUCUUAACUUCCACCAAUGUGAGUAACUCAGGUGGUAUUGGCAGUACCAGCUUUUUUGGUGCUCCCAGUAGCAGUGCUCCCCUUGGCAGCAUGCAAAUGUCCACCUCAAAUCUUACUGCAUCCCCUGGGAACAACAGCACCAACAACAACCCAUUCAAAGGAUUUAACCAAAGCAACAACAUAUUUAGCAGUAAUAAAAGUAAUGAAGGUAGCCUAUUCAGGAAGAGUAGCAACACCAACACCAUCAAUCCCUCUGGCAACAACACACCUGUGGCAUCGUCUCUCUUUGGAGGUUCUCUAAAUACUAAUUCGAUCAUGCAUCAAUCAGGUAAUAGCACCUUACCAAAGUUCACCAACGCCUUUUCUGGAGGUCUAAGCGGUCAGGACAAUUCCAACACCACGGGCUCGAACCCCACCGGUAAUAACAACUCCCUCUCAGGUAACAUAUUUGGAAUGAAGAGCAGCCUAACUAGCAAUAACACCUUUGGCAAUCAGAACAGUGGUAGCCUUGGCAACAGUCUUAUGAACACUCUGUCCAAUCAGACAACCAAUAAUAUUUUUAAUUCGAAAAAUAAUUCCUCAUCAGAAACGUCAAACAUUAAUCUACCGUCCACCAGUAACAACAACAUCUUUGGUUUCGACAAAAGUGCACAAGGAACUUCUUCCCUUUUUGGAAAUACCACUGGAAAUAACCAAGGUAAAAGUCUCUUUCCCUUUGGCAAUAGUAGUCAAAGUGGGAACUCGGACAAGGACAAGAUGCAGUUGGGUUCCUCAUCUGGGGGUAACACUAUGUCAAUUUUUGGACAGAAGAGCAAGGGAGACUCAGCCUUUUCGCUCAUGCCCGGGGGGGGUACCGCCGUUAGCAACAUUGGUGGGGUUAGCGGUACGAGCGCCCUUGGUGGGGUUAGCGGUACGAGCGCCCUUGGUGGGGUUAGCGGUACGAGCACCCUUGGUGGGGUUAGCGGUUUGGGUUCUUUUGGGGGAUUCGGCGCAAGCAGCGGGAAUCUCAUGAACAGCAGCACAGGUGUAUCCUUGAAGCCGAACUCCGUUUUUCAGGGCACACUUGGUGCACAGAAGGAGGGAUUUUUUGGGAGCGCCAAGCCGAACGAGAAUAUUUUCGGCACGAGUGGUACAAAUUCUGGACAAACCAACAUUUUUGGAAUGCAAAAUACCAGCGCUACGAGUCAUAGUCCGUUUGGCAAGACUACCACAAGCACUGGUGUUGGUGCAAUUGGAAAUGUUAGCGGAAGUCUGAGCGGCAACCUGGGGCUGAAUAAUAACCCUCCCGCUGGUGGGGGUGGCUCCAUCAGCUUCGGUUCUAGUUUGUCCCAAAACCAAAGCACCACCAUGAGCAUGGGGAAUAAUUUAUCGCAGAUGAACCCAAGUGGAUCAAGCUUUCAACCGAUGAGCACCCCCACAAGUACAAAUAACUUAGCGAAUUUAUUUAACAGCGAAAAUGGGUCGAAGGAGUUAUUCAAGGAUUUAAAGUUAUCGACAGACACGGGGCAAAAGUUUACUGUAAAUAAAAAACCACUAUUUUCGAAGAGGGUGAAGAAUAAUACACUCUUAACGCCCAAUAAUAACGCAAGUGAAGAAAAUAAUAUUUUCAGUUCAAAUUAUGUGAAUAAAGACAGCCUCUUGGUUAACCAAGACAAACCCAUGAAGGUUAUAUUUGGACAAAACAAAAGUACCACUGUAAUGGAUACUUCCCCCGUAGGAGGUUCGAGUGCACCGAAUCUUGGAAACACAAAUCUGUUCGGAAGUUCCAUCAGCGGAAGUGGUAGCGCUCCUGGACUAGGCUCAAGUGGAGGCAUAAAUGAUAAUGCCAGUAACAACCAGGAUAAGGUAAAUAAUAACCUCAUCAACCAAAGCAACAACCAAAUGGGAAAUAAAAUUACUUUUAAUAGCUCACCGAGUAGCAUGGAGGAUAGCAAUAAUACUACCACGUUUGGGAAGAGCACCACCAAUAGUCUAUUCGGAAGUAGCAGAAGUAAUCUAUUCCAGAGUAGCACGAAUAAUCUCUUCGGAAAUAAUCAAACUAGUGGAUCUACAAAUAAUAAUAACAACGCCUUCGGAUGGAACCCCUUUUCCACCACCGCUGAUGGAAACAAAAAUGAUACUCAAAAUAACGACCCUGGUUUGAGUAUUCCAGUGAAGAAAUUGACACUAGAGGAGAGGAAAAAAAAAACUGCCAAAAGUAAUAUGCUCUCUUUAUUUUCGAAUAACAAAAUAGGGGGCACUGAUACGAAUAAUGCGGUUGAUACAUCUUUGGGUGGGUCCACGUCGAAUGGUCUGCUUGGCAAUAAAAGUUCGACUAGUGUCACUCCAUUCAGUUUUAACAACACUUCUAUGGAUAACGUCUCCAAGGAGAGCACAACCUCCGGUCCUACCGCAUCUACCGAUAAACCCAGUGGUACCUUUUUGUUUGGGCAAAACAGAGACACGGGUACUAGCAGUAUGACACUUGGAACCGCGCAGACAACUUGGGGCGACAAAAAAAGAUCCAUCUUCGGCUCCACCACUUCUGCUUCGAAUGCAGUAAGUGGUUCUGUCGAGGACAUUGGAAACAAGGAGGGAAGUGGAGAUACCACCUCAUCCACGCCAUCACCGAACACCAUUAACGCUAAUAGCACCAAUGAAAAAAGCAGCUUCCAGAGUGGAAUCAAAACCAGUUUAUUCCCAUUCUCCGUAAAUAAGGGAGAUGAAAAUAACAGUGCAGCAACAGACAAGGAAAAACCCAAAAGUAGCAUAUUCGGUUUUGGAACUCUAAAUGUAAAGAGCGAGCAGAAGGAGGAGAUAAAGGAAGACACAAAGGUGGACAUAAAGGAGGGAACAAAGGAGGGAACAAAAGAAGGCACAAAAGAAGGCACAAAAGAAGGCACAAAAGAAGGCACAAAAGAUGACACAAAAGAAGACAGAAAAGAUGACACAAAAGAAGACACAAAGGGAGACACAAAGGAGGGGGAGGAUAAAGGGAACCUGUCGGAGAAGGACAAAGGAAGUGAAGAAAAAUUGUCAGGGAAAAAUGAAAAGGAAAACUCCCAAAUUUUUGGCAGUGCAUUUUUAUCCAAGAUAAAUGGGCAAAAUAAAGAUGCGAAUGUUAAAGGAACUGAUUCCGGUUCAUCCCCAUUCCGUUUUGGCAACACAAAUAUUGAAGAAAAAAAAACAAACUCAUCUGCCUUUAUAUUUUCAUCGAAUAAGGAAGACAGAAGUUCGACUCCCAUUUUUGGCUUCCAAAGCAAAUCGUCGUCCUUUAACGAAGUGCAGACGAGUGAAGAGAAAAAUAAAAUUCCCAUUUUCUCUCUCGGUGGAAUGAACAAGCAGACAGAUGCUGGCGGUGCGCAGUCAGAUAGCUUCAAUGUAUUUAAGUCUAGCGCAACAACGGGAAUUGACAGUGACGGUAAAACGGUUGGAAUGAAUAUGGAUCGUACCAUAGGAAGCGGUGGAAACAUAAACGAUAACAUAAACUACGACGAUGUGAAGAACAGGAAGAGGAGGAGAAACGUGGAUAUGGAGGACCAGGAUGAAGUGGAUGGAGCGGCCAAGUCCAAGGGGAGAGAUUCUAUAGAUGAGACAAAUCAGUGGGGUGUUGACAUAUCCAAGAGGAAAGGAUACAGUGGAAACUACUUAGGAGAUGAAAGAGAAGAUGAAUUAAACACUGACAGUUUGUUCUUCAAAAAGAGCAAAUUGGGAAAUGCCCUAAAUGACACCAAAAAUAUUCUGAACACAUUAAAAUUUGACAAUAUCCCAAGUAAGGAUAUCUUAAGUGCAUCUGUUAACGAAACGAAUAUAAGUUCCAGAGAGAAUAACAUAAUCGAGAAGGGGGUUCUGAAUGUCAAUGGUUCAUUAUUGGAUAGCAAAGGGGUAGGAAGCAGUCCAACAAAAGAUAAAAAUGAGAGUGGUAUGCAGUCCAGCGGAAUUUUCUCCUCCGCAGGAGAUAACAGCAAAUUUGGCCUUCGAAGUAUGCUCAGUAAUGAACUGACAGCAGAAACGAACAACACCAGUGGUGGACCAACACAUUUAAAAGAACAGGGAGGACAGAACCAUGCUAACAUGGAUGAACCAAACCUUCCAUUUUCCACUCGUGAGGGGAAAAACUUGUUGGACGACCAAGCGAAGAGAAUAGCGAAACGGAAGGAAGAAGAAGAAGAAAUGAGCAAUCUGGAAAGAUUAAAAAUGAACAACUAUCUAAUACAUGAGAAGAGCAACAAUAAUGAUGGGAGCAAUGACAUAAAUCACGAUGGAAAGGAAAUGAAAAAUGCGAGGAAAGACCACUUGGUGACAGAUAAAAAAAGCGUUGAUAGGAUUGUAGCAUAUAAUAAGAAAAUAUCAUACGAUGAUAUAGAAGUAGAUUUAGAUAAAGACAUUAUUGAUUUGAAUGAUUUAAGGGAAAACUUAUUUUUGUGUGUUUUAAAUUUUCAUCUGAAUUAUUGGGCAGAGAAAGUUAUCCUCUUCUACCCACAUAAUGAAAAAAUUAAUAAAUACUGUAACCGCAUUAUGAAGAUAAAAGACGAAUUUGAUGAAACUUACAAUUUUAAUUUAUUUGAAGAAAUUCACAUUUUAUCGAAAAAAAUGUUGAAAAGAUUAGAUCGUAACUGCUGUAUCUACGAAAGUGUGCUUUUCCUUUCGGCAGAAAAUUUAUAUGUCUUAAAGAAUGCCAAGCUGUCUCUUUUCGAAGCCUUCAACAUAUAUCAUUUUUGGUUUCAAAAAAAUAGCCUCGACGUGAAAAAAAACUUUCAAAAUUUUAUGUACACAAAUAAAAUAUAUCCCUCCUACCUUAACUACUACAUGAAUCUCUAUAAGAACCACACUUCGUUUAAUUAUAAGUACACGCAAGGAAGUGGCGAGACGGAGGGGAAAGGCAAAGGCACUGGUAGGAAGAAUCAGAUGGAUCAGGACAGGGAUAGUGUGAGCCAUUCGAUUGACCAGGAAAGGGAUAGUGCGAACAAUUCGACGGAUCAGGAGGAGCCGAACGGAAGUGACGACUCGUCAGGCACCUCAGAUGGCCCCCGGGAUGAUGACCCGUGUAGCCAAGGGGAAGGGGACAGUGGAAGAAGCGACAUCGGAAGUAGUCAUGGAAGUAGUUCCCGAGGUAGUCGCCGAGGUAGUCGCCGAAGUAGUCGCCGAAGUAGUCGUAGCAGUAGCCGGCUGAGUAGUCGUGGAAGUAGUCCCCGAAGUGACCGUGAGAGACGCGCGAAGAGAAGAAGCAGGGCGAGAAAGAGAAGCGACAAGCACAAGGAAAAUAGCCUGAUAGAGAUAUUGAACUCAAACAGCAGCGACGUGUCGGAUGUGAUGGACAACAGUAAUAAAGAGGAACCCCUCAAUAUGCACUUCAAGGAAAAGUAUCUCUACCUGUCAAAGGGGAAAGUGAAAAAAAACAAACUAUUCCUGCCCUCACACAUAAGGGUUAAAAAACUCAGUGCAUGCGAGUGCAUAUUAUUGGAACUCAUCCUCAAGAGGGACAUACUGAACGUUUUAAAAAAAUACAGAAUUUUUAAAACAGAGAAAUAUGAAUACCUCUAUGUUAAUCUCAUAGCAAUGUUGAAGCAUUAUAAUUAUUUCUCAGUAGACAAAGAAAAUCAAAUAAGUAAAAAUUCUACCUCCACUAGUGCCACGGUGAGUGGAGGCGCAGAUGGUGGUGAACCUGGUAACAGUACAUCUCAUUCCCCUUUUGGACAAAACAAAACGAAUAGUCAAUUGAAGAAGCUAACUAACCAUCUGAGCACAAAUUUAGUGAAUACAAAAAAUGAUAAAAUUAAUAUACUCAAAAAAAUAUGUGACAAAAAUUUACUCUACUAUAUAAACAUGCAGUUAAAAAAUAUUAUGCAUUUGAUCAGCUUCAACGAAAUAGAAAUCGCUUGUGUGUACUUGAACCAUAUUAAAAAUAAUUUAUACGUUAUGUUCCAGAUGCCUAUUCUUCUUUACAAUAGUCUGUUCGACAGAAUCAUUAAAUCGUACAAUGACUACAUCGUAAUGGAAAACUUUUUCAAUAACUCUUGUUUGUAUAAUGAUUUUCGGUAUGAAAAUAUUUUCAAGACGAAAAUUGCCUAUAUGCUUAUGAAGAAAUUUUUCCAGGCGGACGAUACGGAGAACUGUAUUCGAUUUGCCCUAUACUUUGAAAACAUUCGGACAAAGGCACCCCGAAAUAAUAUUUACAACGAUUAUAUUUUUCAUAAAAAUUUGCUAAGUGCCUAUAUUAAGGUACAUGAAGAUAUCGUGCCGGAGGAGUGGAUCGAAGCACAAACUUCAAACAACAGCGAACUCAGUGAUCUCCAUGAUUCAGAAUACCUUGACUACUACUCCUUCUUCUUUAAGGAUAUCUCCAAGUAUAUAAAGUUUAACAUAAUGCAGAAAAUUGUCUCGUGUAAUAUAUUCAGUCUGCGCAGGAGGGAUUACACGAACACCGAGGAAGGCUACAACAUUGGAGGAAGCAGUGUGGCAAGCGGACAGACAAGUGAAGUAAUGACCGGAGUGAAUGCCCCCGCCGGGGAGACGAACGCGGCGCCCCCCAAUACCUGCGAAGACAACUUCGCGUGCUACUUCGUGUACAUGGUGAACCGUUCCAUCCUGGAUGAUCUCGUCAAUCUGUACGCUUCCAAGGGAGACUACUUCUACAAGAGAAUUUCAGCAACACUCAUCAACAGCUCAUUUGUAAAGGAAUACGAAAAGACGCACAAUAAACAUUUCCACAUGCACGUACAGGUAGCCAACAUAAACCACUUUAUGAAAACCAACUUCUUCGAAUACAUCAACUUUUUCAAAAAAAAAGAACUCUAUCAUAUUGAUAAGACAAAAAAUGAAGAUGAAAUUAUGCAAAACUUAGUUAACGUUAUAAAAGGAAAUGGAAAAAAAAUUAUUCUAGUGAUUAAUAUGCUCGUCGAAAUUGUCACCAAGAUGGAAAAAAAAAUUUUGAAAAAUGUAAAUAUCUUCAUUACUAUAAAUUUAAGGAACUUAAUCAUUGACACUUUUUACCUCUUCAAGUACAUUUUCAACAAUAAAGAAUUUUCGCUCCAUUUGGUGGAGGACUUGUACAGGAAUGCCGUAAUUUUUAACGACCUCAUCAACUCCACUUUCUCGGAUGACAUACACUACUACCCCAAGGAACAAAUAAAGGAACUUUACACUUACAUUCGCCACAAGUUUACCAACCAAAAUUUGAUCGCCUGA